CAACAACAUCAUUUAUCCCUCUCGGUGUUAAAAAUUACUAGUAGUUGAAUUGAAAUAUGGAUACUGGCGAAGAUCUUCUGGAGCCUGUGAGUCCAACAGGACAAUACUUAAACAGCUCAGUGUUAUCCCUCUCUAUCUUGAGUGUUCUGGAAUCCGAAACUCCGAUUCAUGAUGACCAUUUUCGGUAUCUGUCGAUCCUCAGGGAUGAUUUUUUACCCGUUAACUCACGCUUCUCGUCAAUUAUGGUUGCAGAAAAGAAUGGAAUACAGAAAUGGAAGAAGGUUGAGGUCAAUCUUGAUGAUCAUGUAAUAGUCCCCGCUCUACCAAGAGGAAUGUCACCAGAAUUUUACGACGAGUAUCUCCUGAACUAUCUGUCAAAACUAGGCAUGGAUCCACUUCCGGAGACCAGGCCUCUAUGGGAAGUUCAUUUAUUCAAGUAUCCAACUCGCAAUGCAGCUGGAAGUAUUAUAGCUAAGUUUCAUCAUUCUCUCGGAGAUGGAUAUUCUCUUUUAGGGGCACUUCUGUCAUGUCUAAGAAGACUGGACAAUCCUUCUAUUCCUUUAUCAUUUCCGUCACUUCAAACAUCAAACUCUUCAAAACGCGGUGAUUAUAGCCUCAUUACAAGAAGUGUGAGACGUAUUCCCCAGGUUUCAUCUUGGAUUGCUAACACUGUAGUAGACUUUGGAGCCAGCCUUCUGAAGAGCAGCUUUGUUAAAGAUGUUGAGUCACCUAUUCGAUCCCUACAUGACGGAGUCGAGUACCUGCCCAUGGCUUUCACUACCAUAGAAUUCUCUAUGGAUGCUAUCAAGAUCAUCAAAAACAAACUCAAAAUGACAAUAAAUGAUGUGAUCACCGGAAUAAUAUUACUUGGAAGCCGAUUGUACAUGGAAGGAGAAAUGAUGAACUCGGGCAAAUCAAAUUCAAAUGCACUGGUGCUAAUGAACACCAGAAAUUUAGGUGGUUACAAGUCAGUAGGUGAGAUGGUAAAUCCUAAGGCGAAUACAUCACUCUGGGGUAACCAUUUUGCAUUUUUACACGUUCCCCUGCCCAAAUUAAGCACCGCCAGUCUGUCAAAUCCAGUGAAUUUUGUCUAUGAAGCACAUAAAAUUAUCAAGAGGAAGAGAAAUAAUGCCGCGGUUCUGCUGACAGGAGCCCUUUUAGAGAAACUCAGAGAACUUAGAGGCCCUGAGACUGCAGCUAAAUACAUCCACAACACAUUGAGGAACUCUAGCAUAACCAUCACCAACCUAAUUGGACCUGUUGAGAAGAUGAGUGUGGAUGAUCUUCCGAUCAAAGGUCUUUACUUUUUCGUCACUGGCUCCCCUCAGAGUAGUCAGGUAACCGUGAUAAGCUAUGCCGGGAAGCUUAGGAUUGGCAUUGGAGUAGAGAAAGACUUUAUAGAUCCACACAAGUUCAAGUCAUGCAUCGCUGAUGCAUUCAAUUUGAUAUCCCAAGCUGCGGUUGUUCCAUAGAUACCAUCAAUCUUCUUUCUUAUGCAGCUUCCUGUAGAAUGGCAUUAACUGAAAAGCUGUUUUAUUUGCAUUGUACUGCAGUGAUUAAUUUGAUACAAACUUUACAUCGUCUGUAUGUUUUGUUACUAAUCUCUACUGAGCAUUUCUUUGUAAAAAGGGUGAAUGGUGUUUCUUCUUCAUACUAAA